CCGCUCCUGGAUGCAGGUUCGGAGCUGAGGCCCACUUUCGGCGCGCUGAUAUCGCCUGCUGCAGUCUCGGAUGCAAAAUUUCGCCGCCGCAUCAUGGAUACCGACGGCGGCGAGCAAGCGGAGACCGGCCCUGUCGGCCAGGGCUCCGAGCCGUUGGCGUGCGUUACCUGCCGGUCCCGGAAGCUCAAGUGCGACCGAGUGAAGCCGGCAUGCAGCCGUUGCGUGAAAGUCAAGGGAGAGUGCGUGUACCCUGAGUCGAGAAGGAAGCCCGCGUUCAAACGACGAAACGUAAAGGAGCUCGAGGAGAGGCUAGCUCAGGUGGAAGACCUUCUCAAGGAGGCGAGUAAGGAGGCCGGCAAGGUGAAUGAGACAGCUGCAACAGCAGGAGAUCUGGACAGUCGGAUCAAUGUUGGUAUGGACGACUUCACAGUCGACAUCGACACAUUUCUCGCGAUGCAAAACGGCUUCGCUGGUGAAACUGCAGACCUCCAAGCAGGACUGUCAGCUCAUGAUAUCCCAGAGCCUCAACCGCAAAUGCCCAGCUUCGGCGAGUCAUCUGGAGAGUUGAUUGGCCUUGGUCUUUCGGAGGCUCUGCCCCCUUUUGAGAUGAUGGAAGAUCUGUAUGGGCAAUCCCUUGCCCUUGGUGUGAAUAUUUGUCUAACUUUCUUAAAUAGUAACAAGAGUUUCUUCGAGCGACAGCAGCACUUUAUUCCAAUCAUCCAUCCCGGCAGGUACUUCCAGUCGUUCUACUCGGCGCCUCACAAGCGUCCGCCCAUGUGCCUGCAGUAUGCCGUCUGGGCCAUGGCUUCGAACGGACAUGAAAAGUAUUCCCAGUAUCACGAGAUCUUCUACAAGCGAGCUCGGCAAUACGCAGACGCAGAUGAGAUGAGAGGCUAUGGCGAGCACUUUUUGACGGUUCAGCAUGCGCAAGCUUGGGCGCUAAUUGCGACAGACGAAGCGAGGUGUAUGUAUUUCACGAGAGCCGCCAUGAGUUCAGCAAAAUGCGUGCGUCUUGUAGAGAUGAUGGGUCUUCAUCGCAUCGAUGGGGAUGGCCAAGAGAUGGCUCCAACGCUCGCGCCGCCAACGUCGUGGGUUGACCUGGAGGAGAGAAGGCGGGCGUUUUGGGGAGCUUACUGCAUUGACUGUCACGCCAGUAUAUCAACGGGCUGGCCGACUUUGAUCGAUCCAAACGAGAUUACCACUCACCUGCCAUCGUCCGAGGAGGCAUUCAACUCAGCUCGUGAAGAGAAGACGUCGACAAUGCAGGACGCCUUCAAGGGGGCGUCGUACUCCACAUUCGCGGGCGCGGUUAUCAUUUGCUACGUCUUCAACAUGCUCCUGAAGCAUGUUCACUGGGAGAGACCCAACGACCGACCCGGAGACUUCGAGUACGGCGAGUUUUGGAAGCGUCACAGGGACAUUGAUAAUCUCUUGUCAAGUGCCUUCAUGUUCUUGCCCGAACGCUUUCGUCUGCCCCAAAGCAUGAAAGACCCAACGGCCGUCCACACGAACCUCAACCUCCAUGCAUCCAUCAUCUGCCUGCACCACGCCGCGAUCGAUAGAAUAGAGCAAAACAAACUGCCUGAACAACUGAAGACUGCUUCACAACUCCGACUGCGUACUGCAGCCGAGGAGGUGGUCAACAUUGUCAAGCUGACAAGUCACACGAAUUCCGGCUACAAAAGCCCCCUCGUUGCUCUAUCACUGUACUCAGCUGCGUCCGUGUACGUGUACAAUGCCAAAUGCGACCCACAAAACGGGCUGUCGAUGGCAGACUUGCAGAAUCUCAAAUUCAUCGUCCAGGCGAUGGAAGGCAUCGGGCGUCGACACUUGAUUACCCAGGCUUUUCUCCAGCAAGUAUUCAUGGACAUACAGCGCAACGGUUUAUCGGGCAUCAUCGACGUGCCCAGCUUGAAUAACUACAAAAACACGUUCGGCUGGACUUGCUCGAAUAUUCCUCUCUUGGCACGAAGCUCAAUAUCGAAACAUACCGAGAUCCAGCCCCCUCUCCCUGGCAGACUGCCUCUCGGCAAUCCUAAAGGCACCGCCUACGAGAACUAUCCGAGAACGCACGAAGGGUGCAACGGACCAGUGGCCCCCCAGUCGGGUUGCCCUUCCAACCUAGGUAUCUCGCAAUCCGGAGCUUCUCUCACACAACCAAUGUCAAAACCGAGUGCUCCUCUCGGGUACAACGCAAAUGGGCCGCCUCCUGAGAACUCGUCAAAUAAGAGGAGACGUACCUCUCUGACGACCGGCCCUGAAGUGAACCACGCCCAGGCAGGCCCAUUCAGCGGCACAUUCCCUUCAAAUAAGAAUAUGAACAACGCGCCGCCUGCAUCGCGCAAUGGAAUCGACGGCGUCGGAGGCUUUGCGGUGGGCUUCCUUAGAAAUACGGGAAUGAUGCCCAAGAGCGGGUCCUCUCCGCAUCUGACGCUGCCUCACCGCACGAACUCAACAUCGCCGUCGCCGCCGUCCGCUUUCAACAAGAGCACCCCCUCACAUUCGGUAGCCAGCAGUAGCACUACGCCUGGAUACGGAGCGGGAAGUACUACACCGGAAGACGGUCUCCAGGGCAGCAAUGGCAGCGGCAGCGGCAGCGGCAGCAUCAUCAAUGGCACCGGUGGCAGUACUAAUACGAACGGGAACGUCAAUGAAAUCAUUGACAUAACCAGCAUCCAAGCACAAGUGUCGGGCGCGGCGGCGUCGACAUGGGACUCGAGGGGGCUGCAAUAUGCACCCAGCGCCGACCCGAUAUCCUUUAUCGAUUUUGAAGCUGUAGGCGGUAUCGAUCCAUGGAGCAUGCUGACGAACAUGGGCGACAUGAGUUGGACCAAUCCCGGCGGAGGUGAGGACACGACGGUCACAGGUGCAGAUCUAGCAGGGGCAGGCGGAAAAGAUAAGCUCGAACAACUCGAGAAGGAGGUCCAGACGAUCAAGAAUGCCGUCAAUCCCAGUCCCGUCUCCGCCGCCGGCGUGCUUCCCCCGGUUGCCCUUCCGCUGCCGAGCCCGAGUUCGGCGUAUCCCGCAAGCGCAUUCGCGGACCGGCCGCCUCCGAGUGCCGGUCGCGUGAGUCUCCCUGCGUUGUCGCCUGUUCCUCACUCCCGCACGGCAGAGCAGGUCCCCACGCCGACGUUGACGUCGCACACGACGCCGACUGGACCGCCGCGGCAUCCCGCGCAGCCAAGGGCUUUGGGUUCCAAGGUACUGUCGAGUGAGGAUAUUGAUUUCUAUUUCGACACCUAUUUUGAACAUUUCCACCCGUACUUCCCUAUUGUACGGUCCCAGGACCCGGAUAAGCUGUACAAGCUGAGCCCCAUACUGUUUUGGACAAUCAUUGCCGUUUCGUCGAGGCGGUACGCCAAGGACCCCGGCCUCUUUCAGUUCCUGGUUGAAAACCUGCCAAAGGAGGUGUGGAACGCAGUGUCGAACCCGCCGAUAAGCAUAUCGACCAUCAACGCGCUCCUGGUCCUGUGUACAUGGCCGUUGCCGACAAUACGAUUCCUAAACGACCCGUCCGCUUCGUACGUGGCGAUCGCGCAGAAUGCGGCGUUGCUGCUUGGCCUGCAUACGGGGCGUGGCACUCAUCCCGAGUUUUGCAUUGGGCCGAACCGUCAGACGGAUAUCACGGACGAGGAAGCGUGCUUUGCCUGGAUGGGAUAUAAUAUCCAGGCGCAGAGGGUGGCUUCGAGCAAUGGCUUGCCCCCGCCCGCAGGCUUCUUCAACGAAGCCGUGAACCGGGCGGCCGGCGGCAGGUCUCUGCCUGAUGCCUUGGGGUAUUUUGGUUUGUUGUAUGAGAUGCAAAAAUUUUCGAAUCGACUGAACCGCACCAUGUUUUCCGUGGCCGAGGAGGGCGAGGGCGUUUCGGACUCUGUCAUACAGUUGUUGGAGGAUGAGCUGAACAAGCUGAGGCAGCUGCAGUCUCGGCACAACACGGACCUGGACCUGUUUACCAUUCUGGCUGUGCAGUUCGAACUCCAGUCGUACUACUUCAUACCCCUGUCAACCGCCGACAAAUCCACCUUCCGCCACAACGUGAACCGCGCAUACAGCACGGCGCAAGCCAUCAUCAACCUCGCCCUGCGCCUCGAGAGCUCCCAGCGGUUCCUGUACCACGCCCCGCAGCACGUCUUCCGCACGGUGCUCGACGCCGCGACGGUCGUCUUCGACGUCCUCCUCUCGGGCCACGCGACGGACCUCGAGCUCGCCAACGCCGAGGUCUCGAUCAAGAACUCGCAGGAGGCGCUGCGCCGGUGCUCUGUGCAGGAGGGCGACUUCGCGAUGCGCGUGCUGCGGAUGACGGAGUCGUACUGGAGCCUGCGGCACAUCAUGCCGCCGCUCGAGGCGCCCAUCUCGCGGUACCCGCACCGGACGGGCGCGGUGCUGGCGUUCGGGACGCUGCGGCGGUGGAAGAAGGAGCUGGACCAGGCGAGGAUGGGACAGCAGGGCGGUGGCGCCGGAGGGCAGGCGGGCGGAGGGGUGGGAGCGGGAGCAGGAGGGGUGGGAGGGGGCGCGGCGGGAGCGACGCCGGCGGCGACGGAUGCGAAUAACGCCAACGUGUUGCCGACGAGUGACUUGCUACAGGAUAUCGACUGGUCGAUGCUGAUGGACGACUUUGACUGGACCGCAGGGGGCGCGGGGGAGCCCAACUUUUUGGGGCUUUCGUAG